CGCAUCCGCCGGUGCCGGGAUCCGUGGCGCCCCCAGCGGGGCAGGGGCGGCUGCCGCGGCCCUCACGGCGGGGCUGUGGAGCAGCGUCGUGUGGGUCUCCAGUGUUUGUCCAUCAGCACGAAAAGUGCUCAGGGUACAGUUACCUGCUGAGGGGAAUCUCGUGCAGUAAAACUCCAGAAAAAUCUUUUCAAAAUCUCUGAUGAUGGAUGAAAUCCAGCACCCACCUGAGCAUCAAGUUCAUGCAGCUGGACAAUCUGUUGCUCCCCUGUCUGCAGCACAUGAAUUUCAGGACAGAGGUCAUGACAAGCCAGGUCAAGAUGGGUAUACCCAGAGUCAAAGAAGAAUGUUACAAAAAUUCCAAAGCAGAUACCUAGCAAGGAAGUUUUUCUAUCUGUGGGCAAAAAUGACAUUUGGACAAGUUCUCCCUUCCAAAGCCAGAUGUUUCUAUGAUCAGAAGAUUCUUCAAAAGACUUUUGGAGAGUGGAAGGAGCAGUGGACAGUUUGCAGAGAAAAGAAGCUCAGCCUGAGAGCAGACAACCAUUACAGGCAUUUACUCCUUAAUUUGAUAUUCAAGGCUUGGAGAACUUAUGUAUGCCAACAGCAAGGCAAGAGGAACAAGAAUUAUGUUGCAGAGUCUCAUGCAAAGAGGCAAACUCUGCUCAGGACCUGGCAGCACUGGCUGGUUUAUGUUGAUGUUCAAAGGACAAAGCAUGGGAUGCAGGCUGUGGCACUGGCAUUCAGGAGAAGAAGCUGCUUGAGCAUUUCAUGGGCAGUGUGGAGAAGACAACACUACCAGAAAUGCACUGGACAUAAAAUGAAUAUUUUGGCUCUGCAGCAUUGGGCCCAGAGCCUGCAAUUUCGAGCUUGGUUGCAGUGGCGAGAGCUGUAUUUACACACCCAGAAUGAAAAGCAGAAGGACACCAGGGCAGUAACUCACCAUCAGCACUGGGAACUGAGGAGAUGCAUGGGAGCAUGGCUGGGAUACCUGAACCUCCACAGAGUAAAGAAAUGCCAGAAUGAGCUGGCCCAGGAGUUCCACCGGAGCAGGAGGCUCCGGAGCUGCUUCUCCCAUUGGCAGCUGGCAUGGGAGUGCAGGAGAAGAAUGUGUGCUCACGGGAGGGACCUGGAAAAACGAGCAGCAAGGAUGGCCCUGUGGAGAGCCUUUGCACACUGGAAGCAUUAUGUUGUGCUGUGUGUGGAAGAGGCUCAGCAGUGUGAGCUGGCUGAAAAGCACUACAAGAGUCACCUGCUGGAACUUGGCCUUAGGGGUCUUCAGCAGAAUGUCCUGGACACUCGUCUUCAGCGAAUGAGAGCAAAUCUGUCAUCCUGUCAGCAUCGAGUUACUGUGCUGCAGAAGUAUUGGAACCGCUGGAAGUCCCGUUUGGAAGAGAAGGAGGAAGAACAGCAGCAGGCCUUAACAGCAGUGGCUCAUGCCCGUUACAGGAGAGUAUUGAUGAGACAGGUGUUUGACACAUGGCUGCUGAAGACCUGCAAGCUGCAAGGGUAUCGAAUGGGGGAGAACAAGGCUGUGCUCCAUUUCCAAGGGCGGCUCUUGCGCUGCUGCUGGUCCUGCUGGCGGGGAAGAGCAGCCGCACGUCUGGAGGAGCAGGAGGGCUUGGCUCGUGCAGGAGAGCACUACAGUAACCAGCUGCUGCUAAAGGCCUUCUGUCUGUGGAAACAGAAGACUCAGGAGAGAGAAACAGAGAGGCUCAAGGAGACAGAAGCGUUAAGAUUUCACUGUUCAAAGUGUCUGCAGCAGACUUGGAACAAGUGGAGAGAGUACGUGGGACAUAAGCGUGAGAAAUGGAGGAAGCUGGUGCAGGCAGACCUGCAUUAUCAACAUGUAUUGCUGGGCAAGACCUUGGCAGCUUGGAAGAUUUACCAACAAAACAUACAGUGCAUUCUGUAUCAAGUAGCUGAGAAGGAGAAACAUCACACUGGACUGCUGCUGCGAGAGGUGGUGUAUACGUGGAGAGAAAAUGCUCAUGCUCUUAUACAUGAAUCUGAGGCAACUACUCGGGCAGAUGAGCACUACAGGAGAGCAAUCCUGUCAAAGGUGCUGCUGCAGUGGAGAGACACAGCCUGGCUACGAGCGUGUCACCGCCACCUGAAGGUGACAGCUGUGCUGGAGGCCAGAAAACAGCUGGAUUUAGUGCGUUUACAGAGUCUGUUCCUGCACUGGAGGGAAUUAAUGAGGGAUUCUCUGAUGCUGAGGGCUCAGCACCGCAGGGCAGCACAGCACCACCAGCAGCACCUGCUCCACAAGUACCUGGUGAAAUGGAAACAUUAUCAUCAGCAGUGCCUUGGGAAAAAGCUGCUGCAGAGAAGGGGAGAUGAACUCAUGACUCACAGACUUUGCUCUGCUUCCUUCUCUUGCUGGAAAACUCGGCUGUUGCAGCAGCAAUGGGAAAAGCAGAAGACAGUGCAAGCAUUGUGGCACUGGUCCCUUUCAGUGCAGAGAAAGGUAUUUGAUGCUUGGCUCAGGUUUGCCAAGGGGCAGCAGGAGAAGAAAGAUGGCAUUGAAAAAGUCACAGGAGUUCACCACACAACUCCUUUGAGAGAAGGUGUAACCUGUGCCUUGAGAAACACUGCUGCCAUCAAACAGCUGCAGGGACAGCUCCAUCCUCAGCCCCAGCUGGAGAAGCAAGUGACAUUUAAAAGGCCUGAUGUUAGUCCAGAGACAAGAGGGCAUUCAUCAGAGGAAGAGCCAUGGCCUUCAAAAUGCAGGCAUCUACCACUUCACCCUGCUGAGGAGGGCUCAGUGCUCCGUGGCCUAAAUGCCAUUCAACGAGCCAGGUUACCACCACGGAAGCCUGACUUCCCUCUGGAAUCUCUAGAAAGCAAGGAACUGCUGGGAUUGCCUUUUACUAGGUCAGAGGUGCCCUUUCAGCAAACAUCUGGGAAUAAAUGUCCUGCACAGACUGGGAACUUAAUGCUGACACCUCACACAGAAGAAAGUACCUGUAAAUGUCUGUCUCAGAUGGACAAUGCUGCUCAGCCCCAUCCCUCUCUCACUUGUGCUUCUCUCCCCACAUGGGCACAGGACAUGCACCGAGCUGGGCAGGGGCCAGAGCUGUGGUCUCCUGCAUCUUUCAUGUCCCACAUGAGAGCUGGCUCAGCAGAGAGAGGAGGUCAGCCUGCCAAUGGUCACAAAGGAGCCCAUUCUCAAGACUCCCAACAGAAUUCUGUGGAGAAGAAGUUGCCCCCAAAUUUGCAGCCACAUUUGCUCUCAUCUGAAGACUUGGUGGGAAAAGGGAGUCACCAGACUGCAGCUGAAGGGGAAAAGAGGGAGCACAGAUCCAGAGAAGAAACGAUGUUGGAGAGAAAGGUGGAAGUUGAACUCUGGCAUAUCCAGCAGCAGAUGCAGUACUACUACAGCAGGAAGCAGGAACUCAAGUGCUGUCAGCAGCAGGCAGAGAUUCUGCAGCAGUGGCUGGAAAUGAGCAAGCAACCAGGAGCCCAAGAUGGUGUGCAAGGAGUUCAGGAAGAAUUGGGUCAGGUGCAGGUGAGGAUCAGCACUCUGACCAAAGCACAGCUGGCUGAGAGGCAGCACGUGCAGGCCUUGCUUGCCCGCCUGCGAGACAUCCAGCUCGCCCUGGAUCUGUAGGAUCUACAACUUCCCAGCUCAGGGGUAGGACUUUUUGCCCCUUUCAUAGCAGGGGACAAUGGAAGAGAUGUAUCCAUUCACUUAGUUCUAUGUAUGGAAUUUAUAUUUGAUAAAUUAAGUGAAAAGAAUUUUGCUUUUUUAAUUGUUACUGUAGCUGGAGCUACAUCUACCUCAUGCUGUCCUUGCAAUACCUGGUUUAGGUUACCUGUCAUGCCACAAAGAUAAGCAACACAAAUAAGACUCUUUAUUUCAAAAUGUUUGCAAUUAAAUGAGUUCAUGUCAGUAAGUCAUACACUUUGACAUACAAAAAUACCGUGCUACUGAUACAGUUGAAUUAAAUGGAUUCUCCAUGCAGGAGAAAUUCACAGCAUUAUCAGUACCCUCGAGGAACUUUUUCACUCCUGGGGUGCAUUGCUGGCCCCUGCAUCACAAGCAAUGUUGGUUUAUUAGCUCGUUCUGCACAGUAUUAAAACCAUCAUACCAACAGCCA